AUGAAGGAAUCCGAUUGCAUAUCGAUCCAUCCGGCUCUUUUCGGUGGCCAUGUCUAUGUCCGCGGAUUUUUCCCUCAUACGUAGGUUUUUUUUCAAAGAAAUUACCCUUGUUUGCUCCUCAAUAGUACACAUUUUUUAGAAAGACAAAAAAACACGUCAAUAAAAAUGCUUGUGUGAAACGGUUGGAAUGACAUUGAAACGGGCCACCCGACAAUUGUAUGUUUAAGAAAAGAAAUCCACACAGACACACGGGGAACCCGUCCCUCUUUGAUUCAAUUCAAUAAAUAUUCAUUUGGUGGCGAGUUUUCGGGUAAAAUGCGAAGAAUUUGUCGGUUUUCAAUCGUUUAAAAGCUUAAGAAGUAUACAAAAGACGAUUUGAAACGCUCAGGCUUUCCUAAAAUCGUUAAAAAAAACUGAAAUAAGCUUUAUUAUAAGGGUAAUGAUUGGGGACUUGAUUAGGUACUUUACUGAAUUUUUCACCCUUUUUUGAGAGCUUGCUCUUUUUUGGUAUAGUGAUAUUGUCAAUGGCAUUUUACCCGAAAACUCGCUUCUCAAUUCAAUAAAUAUUCAUUUGGUGGCGAGUUUUCGGGUAAAAUGCGAAGAAUUUGUCGGUUUUCAAUCGUUUAAAAGCCUAAGAAACAUAAAAGAAUGGUUUGAAAGGCUCAAGCUCUUCAGAAAAUGUUAAAAUAAGAUUGGAAAAAGCUUUAUUAUAAGGGUAAUGAUUGGGGACUUGAUUAGGGACUUUACUGAAUUUUCACCCUUUUUUGAGAGCUUGCUCUUUUUUUGUAUAGUGAUAUUAUCAAUGGUAAUAAGCUUGAAUAAAUUUUUUUCCAGCGUUUUAAGAGGUUGGUUUUUCAGUGUAGUGAUGUUAUCAGAUCCAACAGGCUUCAAGUAAUUCCUUGAAUUUUAGGGAAAAGUGAAAAUUAAUCAAUAUCAAUCAAUCAAUAUUUAUUGGUUGUUUCAGUCAGAUGGAUCAAAAUAAUGACCAAAAUUAACAAAAAAGAUUGAAAUUUGGAAGUUUCUUUGGUAUUUUUUAAUUUGAAAGCAUAAGGUUAUGCCGUGGUCCGGUGGUAUGAAAAAAAGACCAGCGAAAAUUCAAACGGCGUCUUUUCCGAUUUUUUUCAUAUCGCUAGGGGAACUUUCCGACGGCCACCUUCCCGCCGAAUCUUUUUCCUACUUUUUUUCUCGAUAAAAAUCUUUGUUUUAAAUCUUCCUAUAAAAAAAGUAGGUAGUUGGUUCAUGAUUAAAACACAGAGAAAUAGGAAAAAAAUAUUUAUAGAUCUUUUAUAAACCGAAAAAAAUAUAAGGGAAAAAAAGUCGGAAAGGGAUCCGUCGGAAAGGUGGCCGUCGGAAAGUUCCCUAGCGAUAUGAAAAAAUCGGAAAAGUCGCCGAUUUAAUUUUUCGCUGGCGUUUUUCAUACCACCCGUGGUCCAAGUUAAAAAUUUUCUCUGAAUCUCCAAUAUUUAGUUAUCUUUUUCUUCGUCUGACGACUUUUUUUUUAAUUUCUCGGAAUCACUUCUAACAAAAUGUCACGUGUUAUUUGCCAAUUUACGUGAUUUUUCUUCCCAAUUCAAAUAAUUUUUUUUAUUUUUUCGUUUUCAGAGUUUGCUUAAUUUUUCAAUGUUUAAUUGUCAUCUUAUAACGCCUUUUUUGAAUUUCUGAGAAUUUUAUUUGACUCAGAAGAUGGGAAUCUUCUGAAAAACUCUUCAGAAUAUCUUUUGAAGAACCAAAUUUAGGUCUUGGAAGUCCAAACCUGCACAACUCCCUAGUUUUUGAGGCCCAAAACCCCAAAAUGGUUUAUUUUAACGGAUUUGAGGGUUUUCUUGGACUUGGAGGUAUCAUUUUUCGAGAAAUAGGAAGGUUUAGAGGUCAUCUGGUAAUUCAAUUUUCCGGAAAUUCCCAACAAAAAACGAGAAAAUUUUGAAGAAAGAGUCAACAGUAACUGUAGAUCCAAGUGAUUUGAGAAUUUUUUUCUCAAUUUUUCAGAACUUUGAGCAUUUUUUCCAGGUAUUGCCACCUGAACUACUGCAAUAAUCACGUCAACGCCCCGUUCGUUUUGGACGUUUCCUACCGUGGCGCGUGUAAUGUCCGUCGAAAGCGCAAUGUUUGUCUGCUUUUUACCGCAUUUUUGGAAGAAAAAAGGGAAGAAGUGUGUGUGUUGAAGUGACCUUCGAGGUGCCGAUGAAAGUGGCCGUUGCCUGGACUUUUGAGCCUCUCUUUUUUCUCGAAUAAUGUCUGAAAUUGUGGGUUUUUGGAUGGGUACACAUGUCUGGAGGUUGAAUUUGAUGGUGGUUGUGAAAAUUAUUGAAAAGGCUCGGAGUUCAGAAAGAAAGGUUUUUUAGAGAAAUUAGGGAUGUUUUAGGAAAACGUGCGCUUCCAGACUGUCCGAAAAGGCAUUUUUAAUGGAAAAUAAUGGAAAAAAUUUUUUUUACGUAGGAAGAGCUCUGAUAGUAUUGUGAAUGCCUAGGUUGGAGUUCAGAAUCAAGAAGAAGUUUGGGGCUCAUUUUUCAAUCAGUUUUGCAAAAUUAUAAUAUUUCCGUAGGUAUCAUCCAAGCACUGUCCGGAAAGCUGAAAAGGACAUUUUUUAAUGGAAACUAAUAGGAAACUUUUUUUUCACUUAGGAAGAGCUCUGAUAGUAUUAUGAAUUCCUAGGUAGGACGCUCAUUACAAAAUUAAGAUUGAAAAUUUCUUCAUAUCAGUAAAAAUCAGAACAGAGCGGGUCAUUGGAAUCAUUGAACCAAGAUUUUUAAUUAUUUUUUUGAGAAAUAUAUCUCACUAGUGAACUUUUUUUCGUCCGAGGGGGGUAAGAAAGGUAAAAAAAUGUAAUUCAAAAGCCCUUUAAUAAGAGAUUACAAUUUUUUUCAAUUUUUCUAGGUAGAAUCUUCCUCGGUUUCCUACGACGUUACCGUCGUCGUCCAGCAUCACCCAUUUUUCGUAACUUCUGCCGACCGAGCCUAUCAUCUGAAAUGCAUUUAUAAACAACAGGAAGCACUUGUACAGCAGAGGCUCAACGUCUCGUUCGUUUCAUGACUUAAAGGGAAAAAUUGAUAUUUUUGUUAGAAACUAGUUUCCACUCUUAAUUGUAAUCUACUUGAUCUAAAUUGAAUCUAAAUCUACUUGAGUUUCUUUUUUUGAAGCGUCCAUUUGUGAUUUACUUUCGAAAAAGCUUCUCUAAACUCAAAAAAAUCAAUGAAACAUAUUCUUUUUUUGCUUCGAAUAGAAAGUUGAUGAGAAGAAGGACUUUGUUUUGAUUUUUUGAACGUUUCCUAUUCAAGGCUUUUUUCUGAAGCUCCUAUCUGUUUUUCUUAUUUCUGAGAGCUGUCCUUUGGAAUUUAUGAGAGUCUGUGGUCAAUUUAGGAAAUGUGUUAUUUUCUUUUUCUUUCCUGGAAUCUGAAUUUAGUUCUGAAGCUUUCUGAACCUCCUGUCAAGUUUCCAUUGUAGGCUCAAGCUUCUGAAGCUAUCAUGGAGUUUGAAAAAAAUGAAACACGUGAAGAGCUCAAUUUUCCAAAAGAAUAUCUGUUCAGAGAGCUCAACACGGACAUCCUGGAGCAAAACCACGCCCCCACUUGUCGAUAUGAUGUACUUUCGGAGUCACUGAAUGGACCAACCAUCAAAUUUGCAAAAGUUGGCGACGCCGUCGUUCACAAAUGGACAUGUGAUUCGAGUUUAUCGGUUUUGAGAAGAGCGAAAAAAAAAACUGAAUUUUCAGGGGACAUCGGCUUCUUGGUUCAUUCCUGCUUUGUACGGGAUGAAUCUGGCAAGGAUUAUGUUCUGGUCGAUGAGAGGGGGUGAGAAUUCGAACAUAUCGGGGAAAGUCGAAAUGGGGGAUAGUGGCCGCUAACAGGGAUAGGCUCAAAAAAGGCUUUAAAAAGGCAGCGGAAAGGCUUCAAGAAGGCCGCAAAAAGAGUCCCUCUGACAAGCCUUCCAUUGGUUCUGGAAUUUUAAAGGCUCAAGAAAUGGUAGGAAAAGGGAAAGGUAGCAAAAAUGGUGCUAAAGGGCUGAGAAAAUGGCGCAAAGAGGCAGCAAACAAGGAACCUUUUUCAACCCAAAAGGGACAUCUAUGGAGCCUUUUUUCACCCUUUCCGGCUUUGCCCAUGUUAAAGACCUUUGAAGGGUUCCCUCUAGGGACCAUAUUAUCUCCCUUCCAAGGGCCACUCACGUAUAUAGACCUUUUUCGACUUGAAAAGCGUUAAAAUUUGCAAACUACGCAAAUUAUGACAAAAAGGCGCUCUUUAAAGCUACUAAAAAUGUUGACUUCAAAAAACUCUGUUGCAAGAAUUUUUUCCUUGUUCUGUAGUCUAAAAGGGUUACCUAAUAAGGAUCAAAAUUCAUCUUAUUUUUUAGGACGAUCAGCUAAAAAUUACUUCUAUACAUUAAUGUUUCAAAUUUUCCUAAUUCAACCCCUCUAUUUUUUACGUUUCUACCGCCCUUGUAUCAUAGGCAAAGUCGGAAAGGCUGGAAAAAAGCUCCAUAGAAGUUUUCCUUUUUUGCUGCUUUUUGGCGCCUUUUCAUCGGCUCUUGCGCACCAUUUUCGCAGCCUCUCCUUUUUCGCAUCAUUCUUGAGCCUUUGGGCUGCCUUUCUACGGCCUUUUUUGAGCCUCUCCCUUUUAUCGGGCAUUUUUCACCAUUCCGACUUUACCCGAGCUGUGGUUGCCCCUAUAGGGACCACUCUGGCGUUUCUAAAUGGAUCAACGUUUUCAAUUUUUUUUAUUAAGUUGCGUGACGGAUGAAGGUCUUGUACCGGCAAUCCAGUACAGUGAGGACCAAUCUACGGCUUUUACCGUUAUCAGGUAGCUUGCUCAUAAAUCUCACCACUCAAUAAUGAAUAAAUGAAAAAUUGAAAAGCUUCAGAGCCUUCCGUUUCGCCGACCAAAUGAUGGUCCACUUCACCUGCCAGAUAACUGUUUGCCGACGGGCCGAGCAGGGCUGUGAAGGGAUUACUGUAACUUUAACUCCUCUGUGUCUUGCCAAGAUUAACCGCAUUUUCCAGCCUCCCACCUGUCAUCCUGUGGAGUUUCCGCCGAUUUCGGUGCAGUACACGGAGAACAGACCCAAGUAUAGACCUGAAAAAGAAGGCUGGACAUCUACAACCGCGAGGCCAACGAGUACAGAGCCGUUGAGAACCAUGAGGCGAAUAAUUUUGGAUUUUGAGGGAAAUUUGUAGCUUUAUCCGGUUUCUUUGUAUCCUACGAAGGCGUAGAACUUGAAAGAUCAUGACGAUUUUGAUAGGAGGAAUUUUUUUUUGGAAAACUUUUUUUUUCUCAACUGCGAUCAUCUGGGCUUUGGUCGUGUGUAGGCCUCUGAUAACUGGAAAAAAAGAUACUUGUAGAUUUUCCUGUGGAAAUUAGAGAGAGUGAGGGUAAUUGAUAAGGUACAGCGAAUAAUAUUAGUUGUCGGAAUUCAAUUUAGUCAUAAACUUGUAGUUUUUUCAAAAACUUUAGUUCUUGGUCCUUAAAAAAAUCUCGUUAGUCGAAACUAUUCAUUUUUGUGAAAAUUCACGACCCAUUGUAUUUUUCGAACGAGUCAUUUACUGUUUUUGAAGAAUUGACCAGCUUGCCAUAACCCAGCGCGCAAGUCGUUCUCGGUCGGUUGCAUUUCAAUAUCGACUUUUAAAUAACAGCCGCCUUGAAGUUUAGAACAGCUUAAUGCAAGAAAAAUUAACUUUAGUGCUGUACCGUGUCAUUUUUUGUUAUAUAGCUGAUUCACGGCUGGCUUAAGCCAUCACAAAGGGUCUUGACACGAUAAAAAAGGAGAGAGUGCCUGGUUGGUGGAGAGCGCAGACAGACCACGCCCCCUUAGGGUCUUGAGCUGAUCGUGAAUCGGUUACACGACCAAUAGAAGCUAUAGUCUGUUCAGAUUCUAAAUGUCAAGUCCUCGCUCAAGCUCCGCCCCUAAUGGCGCUAUAAACCAAUCAGAGAGCGAGCCAUCCACAGAGUGUUUUCGAAUGACGUCAUUCUACUUUACAUUCAAAAACUAAACGGACUAUAGAACUUUUUAAAGCUUUUUAUGUGAUUUUGAAGAAUAUAAUUGAUAAUAAACAUUUUUCCAGAUAUUCGACCCCACCUCCACCUAAAUACCCCUUCAUGGACAUGGCUAGCAAGGUUUUUGAAAAAUCCAGCUCUUGAGGAAGAUAAAAUUCUUAGGUUUAUGACACUUCUUCGGCUUCAAUAAAUACGAGAGCCGGCAGUAAACUACCUAGCAGAAGUGAUUAUGGGCUCGAGAUCAAGCCGAUUGGACCUGAAGGUGAAUAUUUUCGAAGAAAUAUUGAAGGUCACUAUUUUUGGAGUUCAUUUAAUGAGACCGACUGGAACAAUGUAAAAAAAAACGUUCUCCUCUUCUUCAAGUGAGCACUAAAGAGGCUCUAACAUCACUUCAGCAGUCCCUGGGAAGUUAAAAGUAGUCAAAAUUGGUGGUGAAACGUUCUGCAAGUCCAAGAGAUCGCUUCAGGGGUUUAACAGAACUUGAGUGGUCACUUAGGGGUUAAGAAUCCUCCAAAGGACUGGAAGAACGUUCUGCCAGUUCAAGUGACCGCUUCAAAGGCUUUAACAGUUCUUGAGUGGUCACUUAGGGGUCGAGAAUCCUCUACAUGACUGGUAUAACACUCUACCAGAUCUAGUGACCGCUACAGUGAUUUUCACAGCACUUAAGUGGUCACUUAGGGGACAAGAAUCCUCCAAACCAUUAGCAAAACGUUCUGCCAGUUCUAGUGACCGCUUCAGAAGUUCUGAAAGCACUUAAGGGGUCACUUAGGGUUUAAGAGUUCUCCAAAUCAUUGGCAAAACGUUCUGCCAGUUCUAGUGACCGCUUCAGAGGUUCUAACAGCACUUAAGUGGCUGCUGAGUGACCAAGAAUCCUUCAAAUGACUGGAAUAACACUCUACAAGUUCUAGUGACCGCUUCAGAAGUUCUAACAACGCUUAAGUGGUCUCUGAAUACCGGACAACCGUCAAUUUGUUCAGCGAAAUAUUUUUCAAGUGAGCACUGGAAAAUCACCACUUGAGUGAUCACUGAGUGGCUAAGAAUCUUCAAAAUGACUUGAAAAAAGCCCUACCAGUUCAAUUGAGCAUCAAAAAGAAACUCAAACCACUUGAGUGAUCACUAAAUAGCGGGGAAUCCUCCAAAUGACUGGCAGAACGUACUAGUGACCGUUUUAGAGUCUCUUAAACCACUAGAGUAAUCACUAGAAUUGACUCAAAACGGUUUUAAAGGCUUGCAGAACACCUGAAAUUUCUAUAGGUGCUUUCAAAAAUUGAUCGAAAAAUUUGAAAAAUCGGAAAAUUCAACUGGAAAUCGGAUGAAUAUUACCAGGUGAUGGCUUCCACACGGAGACUUUGUCCCAAAUUUUCGCCUCGCCAACUUCUGAAGAAGCUCUGCCGUUGCCCAACGCUUCCUACGUCUAUUAUGCCCCCCAAGGAGAAUGCCCAGAAGUCAUUCGGAGAGAAAUGAGGACAAAAAUGGAAGGCUUACUUUUGAGGUUGAAGCCGGGAAGGUUGGUUUUGGUUUUUUUCAGGAAUUAUUCUGAAAAAUGUUUUUUUCAGCUCUUAGUAUUGUCGAGGGACGAGUUUAGUGAAAAUUCGCCGAUUGAGGUGUGAUUUUCUCUUUUUUCUGCGUGUCUGCGUCUCUCUGUUCCCUCACCGGCUAGGUCAGAGAAACAUGAAAACAGCACGCAAAUAUGAGAGGGCUGCAGAGAAAAAAAGCAUUUUCAAAUCGCAAAAAAAGGAGUACAACUUCUUCUAUUCUCGGAACACAUCCAAAAGCCUUCUAGAAAAUUGUUUUUGAAAGAAAAUCGAUAAUUCCAGGUAACCAGUCCAGUUAUCUUGAAUACCUGUCAAAAGGAUCAAGUUUGGAAAACGAUAUUUUUAUCAACUUGUGGAGUUAUGCAGGUAGAUCUGGUUUGAAAAAGAGAAAAUUAUUUAUUUCAGGUCAUUUCAAUAAUUAUCAUUUUCGUGCAACGAUACGUGUACCUUCAGUCUCAGCGCAAGCAGUGACGAUAGGAUUUUUACUUAUUUUAUAAUUUUUUUGAUUGCUCAAUAAACUAUUUUUUUCGUGGUUUUACACUGUUUUUCUGAAGAAGAAAAAUGUUCCAGAUUCAAUUUUUUUACUUUUUCGUGUUGAUGUUUUUCAAGGAAAAAUGGCAAAGUUUCGAUAUUUUGUAAUUGAAAAGUUGAUCUUGUAAUGAAUAAUCCAGAUUUCGAAAAUUGGGAAUUCUAACUUCAAAACUAGGAUUUCUGGAGACUUUCAAACGAAAAAUGAACUUUAUCCCGGUUUUUAAAAUUAAGUGCCACGUUUCUCUUUUUCAUCAUUUAUUAACUUGUCCUGUCUCUUUCAUUUUUCAGUAUUAUAUCCGUUGAUCCAGGAUGUUUUCGAGAAUUUCAAGCCGUUUGCCAACUUUUUCUAGGAGCUCGAGUCGGGUUAGUUCUAUGAUUAUUUAUAAAAUCAUUUGAAAUUGAUUAUUUUGUCAAAAAAAUCGUAGAAAAAAAUGUCAACUAAGAAAAUUCAGCGUUUGGGAUUGUCAAUUGAAAAGGAUUUUCAAUAUUAAGAUGAAAGAUUUUUUCUUUCAAAAGCAUAGAACAUUUGUGAAAUUCGAAAAAGUCACAAUUCAUUCCCCUUCUGUUAACAAUUUUUAGUUUUUUUCUUCAUUUUCCCUAAUUUUGAACCAAUUUCAAAACAUGAGAACCUUGUUUCAAUAAUAAACCUUCUUUUGAAUUUUCUUUGGCUACAUAAGAAAAACUAGACCCUUUUUUCAUAAAUUUUUAAGCAUUUCGAAGAUUUCUAUUGGUUUCCAUUCAAUUGAAAUCACGCCUUGACUUUUUUUCUUCAUUUUUUUUCUUCAUUCGCUUUUCAGAUACUAUUCCAAAGAGCGUUAUCCUCGAACAUUUCCGUGAAAUCUCUAAAAAGUCGCCGAAAAAAAGUGAAAUCGGCUCGCGCUACGGCUCUACAAGGCGGCGGCUCGAAAAGAAUUGAGGCUCAACAUAAAAAAGUGAUUUUUUAAAAUAGAACAAGAAAAUAUGAGAAUUUUUCCAGGGAAAACUGACGGCAAGGGAACGAAUUCAUUGCCUGCUGGAUUUGGACUCAUUUCGAGAAUAUGGUCAAUUUAUGGAGCAUAAUUGUACCGAUUUCGGGAUGCAAAAGGAGAAGGUACACGAGGAAAAUGGAAUUUUUGACUUGAAAAAAAAAAUUCGUAUGUCGCUCCUGUUACAGUAGGAAUACUAUCUCUCUCCGUUUUAUUGUAUUCAUGUGUGAGCGAUGCUCUCGGCGUGUAAUUGCUCCGGCAGACACGCCUGUAUCUCACUUGGUUCCCCUGCACGCGUCUUGGCCAGACGCGUGUGAGGCUCACGAAUAAAGACUUCAUGACAGUCUGCCUUCAACACGUCUAAAGCUUACACGGAAGAGCCGGUGACCCUUCCGGUGUAACACUCCUCUCACGGCCUAAAAAUGCAUUUCGAAAAUUAUUUCGUACUUCAGAAAUGGCCUUAAAAAGCAUUGAAAAAUUCUAAAUUUUCCGCUGGUCUUAAAAACACCUCAUUUCUUGAUUAUUCUCAACAUUUCGACCCGAAAAAACUGGAUGGAAAAUUCGUAUUUCUUGACUUCCAGGUCUCUAGAUUCAAAAACUCAUUUUAAAAAUUUUCUGACAACUUGGAAUGUUAAGGUCUGGAAAAAUACUAGAUUUUCCGCUGAUUCCAAAAACAUCUCAUAUGCCAGUCAUUGAUUACUUUAUGACCCGGAAAAACCGGUCAAAAAUUCCUGAAAUUAAAAAAAUACCAGUUUUUUUAAAAAAAUAGUCGAAAAAAAUCAUGUUUUUUUCCCGUUUUUCUCAGGAUUCUCUUCAGUUUUUUUAAAUACAUAUAUCUUAAGAAAAUUAUAAUUUCCCGAUUAAUCCGUUAUAAAAUGUUCAAACCACUACGUUGAUGUAACUAUUUUGAGUAUUACGGUGAUUCUGUCGUCACUGGCCAAGGUCUGAUCCAUGGACGGACGGUUUUUGUCUUCUCGCAAGACUUCACCGUCUUCGGAGGCUCCUUGUCGGCUGUUCACGCCAAGAAGAUUGUCAAGAUUAUGAAGGCAGGGUUUCAAAAUGAUUCCUCAUGUUGGCCAGUAGCACCCGCGGAUGCUACCGUCGUUCACCCGAAACCCAAAUUUCAGCGGUGUAUAGCUCCCGUUUAAAUCCAGCAGAUCGCCCGGAUCGUUCAAAGACACCGGGUUAUGGCAGUAGCAUUUCUAGUGACCACUUUAGUAGCAUCAGCACCCUUAAGUGAUCCCUAGAAUUGCUCAGAAACGUCCGAAGUUUCCAUUACCGAGAACUCCGACGGGUGCUACUGACCAACAUAAGAUUUAUCCGAAACAACUGAAACUAUUUGAGGCGGCGAUGAGAGUCGGAGCCCCGGUCAUCGGGCUGAAUGAUUCUGGAGGCGCCAGAAUCCAAGAAGGCGUUGAUUCGCUGGCCGGUUAUGCCGAUAUCUUUCAGGUUCUUAUUUUAUCUUUUUCUGUCCUAUUUUUUUUUCAAUGAUCAUUUAAAGGCUAACGUUCUCGCUUCCGGAGUCGUCCCGCAAAUCUCCCUGAUUAUGGGCCCAUGUGCUGGUGGCGCAGUUUACUCACCGGCUCUCACGGAUUUCACAUUUAUGGUUUUUGUUUUAGAAAAAAAAUGCAAUAUCAAACAGAGAUUGGAACUUUUUCGAUUGCAAAGGUUACUGUAGGAGUGGAGGUCCGUAAACGGUGUGUGCACAAAACUGUUGGACGGUUUUUGUUAGUGUAAAAUGUGAAGGAAAUGUGAAAUCAUUAAUAAAUGGGGCGGAGCUAAAACUCCGUCUUUUUCAUGUGACGUCAUGGAAAAUAAGCGUCAAAAACAGGGAAUAUUAAAGGCGCAUGUUCAAUGGGUCAUGAGACGAGUCGAUUUUAAAUUCAAACAGACGCGAUUCUUCUCUUGCUGCGUUCAAAGUGAUUCCGCGAAUUUCGAAAUAGCCGCCAGAGAGCUAAAAAUAUAACUGAAUUUUGGAUAUUCAGAGAUAAUUUUCGCGAUUACUUUGAACAUGGAAUGUGCGAGAGCGCCGCGGUGUAUGCACACGACACACUACACUUUACGGAAAAAAAUGUGUGCGGGGCGUCGUAAAAAACCGUGUGCGGCAAAUCUUUCGCUGUUUGUUUCGAAGCAAGGAGAUUUUUUUAGAAUUCGAUGUUUUUUUAAAUUUAUCUCUAGAGGUAAUAGUAUCAGACACGUCUAGAUGACUAGAGGAUAAUACAAAAAAACGUUUCUAAACUACCGUAAUACGACCGGCCGCCUUGAACAAGCGUUUCACCCUACUUUUCGAUCCUAUUCCAGCAAAUUUCUUCAGGUUAGAGACACGAGCUAUUUAUUCAUAACCGGACCGGAUGUCGUGAAAACUGUGACCAAUGAAGAAGUGACUCAGGAACAGUUGGGCGGCGCAAAAACUCAUACUGUAACGUCAGGUUAAUUACAGCUCUUGAAGCUCUAGUUAAUUAUUUUCCAUCAAAGGAGUCGCCUAUGGAGCUUUUGACAAUGACGUUGAUGCGUUGCUCAAUAUUCGUGACCUUUUUGCGUAUCUUCCCCAAUCGAACAGAGAAAAGCCGCCGAGUAUCAAGGCUGAUGAUCCGAGGUAAUCGAGAAAAAUGGACUCCGAUAAGCGAGUUUUGUGUAGGAAUAGUCGAAAAAAUCGAUUUGAUAUCGAUUUUUGGGUUAAGAAUGGGUUAACUGCUUACAAAUAAAAAAUGGCAAAAAAAAUUUCACCGAAAAGGAUUCGAACCUGGAUGUCAAGUUCCUCAGCGCAAGGCCACUAGCCACUACACCACGCCGCCUACUGACAGUCAGAGUUAGCCACCGCAACACAUUCCCUCCUUCCAUCCAAUUCGUUUUUGGGUGUAAACUUUGAGGCGCUAUAACUCUACUAGAACCAAAAAUGCGCACUUUUUUUCAACUUCUUUGGGUUCAGGGUGUCGGAAAAUACCUAUAUACCAAGUUUCAUCAAAUUCCAAUAACUGCACUUCCCGUGUUCGUGAUCUGUUCAUAUUUGUCAAACAGCAAACUCCGCCCCCAACAUCGCUUUGAAUGGUUUGAUCUAAGCAUAAGGGGCGGAGUUUGAGCGAUGAUUUGACUUUCCAAAUCUCAACUGACUUUAAAAAUUCGAUUGAGUUCAAAAAGAGAGCUUCAGGGUCUUCAUUAAAAUCUUCAAAAAUCCAGAAAAUAUUUGAUUAUGUUGAAAAUUUUUGGUUUUUUUUGGAAGUUUUUGGAAGGUUAGAAAAAUUAGAAGGUUUUUCAAAAAUCAUGGAAAGUAUUUAUUUUUUUCAAUUUUUAUCAAUAUUUCAGUGAUCGAGUCGUCAAAUCUUUGAACCAUGUGAUUCCAUUGGAAAGCACGAAGGCCUAUAAUAUGAAGGAUGUGAUUUUGGCGCUGAUUGAUGAGGAGAUUUUCUUCGAAAUUAUGCCUGAUUAUGCCAAGGUUUCCAUGAGAAAUGGUCAUUUUUUCUUAUCAAGUCAUUUUUCGACAUUUUGUGCUUCUGAUUGAAACAAAUUGUGAAGAUAAUUUUGUUUAAUAAAAUUGAGAAAAUGUCCUUUUUUUUUUAGAACAUUGUCGUUGGGUUCGCAAGGAUGAAUGGCCGUUCGGUUGGAAUCGUCGCCAAUAAUCCCAAAUUUUCAGCUGGUUUGUGUAAUUUUGUGACCGGAAGUUACGAUUUCUCCAUUUUUUGUCCUUAAAUAUAAAAAAUUAAAUGAAAAAAACCACUUUGAAAAAGUUUAUAAAGUUGAUUUUCAAGAAACUCGAUUUCAGGUUGCCUAGACAUCAACUCCUCAGUGAAAGGGGCUCGAUUUGUCCGAUUUUGCGACGCCUUCAAUAUCCCUCUCAUCACACUCGUUGAUGUUCCUGGAUUCUUGCCAGGCAUUCAAAAUACCCAUGUUGAAAACAAAAAACUUCUUAAGGGACUGCUCAGGAGUACGGUGGCAUCAUUCGCCACGGAGCCAAGCUUCUGUACGCCUUCGCCGAAGCUACAGUACCCAAGAUUACUGUGAUCACUAGGAAGGUGAAGUUCUUGUUGAAUUCUUACUACAGUAACUGCUAAAGCUCGGGAUUAGCACAGUAACUUGGGAUUAUACUACAGUAACUUGAGAUAGACUUUGUAUUGGAAUUCUUAACUUUUUUUUUCCAAAAAUAAGAAAUUUUCUUGAAGAUUUAAUAAAAUUAGGUCUAGAGGUCUUAGCAAUUUUUCGAAACCCAAAUUUUCUGUGCCUACCGUACCCUAGGUACUAGGAAGGUGAAGCUCUUGUUGAAAUAUUACUGUAGCCAGGGCUUUGGAAUAAAACGUCUAACCUUUUUACAGAUUAUCAUGGUUCUCAAAGAAAAUAAUGAAAUCGAAAUAUUUAAAAUCAGGUUCAGAGCUUAUAGGGUUUCAUUAUACCUGCCGUACCCAAGACUACUGUAAUCAUUUGGGAGGUGAAGCUCUUGUUGAAAUAUUACUGUGACCAGGGCUUUGAUAAUUUUUGGUUUUAACAAAAUAAUCAAAAUCAAAAUCAAAUUUUAUAGAAUCAGGCUCACACAGAUCUUGAGUUCCUUGAAACCCGAGUUUUCUACACCUACCGUACCAAAGAUUACUGUAAUCACUAGGAAGGUGUAGCUCUUGUUGAAAUAUUACUGUGACCAGGGCUCUGGAAUGAAAUUUCUAACCUUUUAACAGAUCAUAAUGGGUCCCAAAAAAAAAAAUAAUGAAAUCGAAGUUUUCAAAAUCUGGUCCAGAAACAAGUCUUAGGAGUUUAAUGAUAGCUGAAUUUCGCUACACCUACCGUAACCAAGAUUUCUGUAAUCACUAGGAAGGUGAUGCUCCUGUUGAAUUUUUACUGUGACCAGGGCUCUGGAAUCAAGUUUUUCUAAGUUCUAGUGCAGGCUUUGCCACAAGCAGGACGUCUUUGAAAUCAUUUUUCGAAGUCUACCGUAGUCGAGAUUACUGUCAUCACUAGAAAGGUGCUACUCUUGAAAAAAAGGUUUUAUCCAACAAAAAUAGACUAUUGCAAAGAAUAAAUGGCAUAAAUGAGAGUAGUCCAAAAGAGUAGCACCUUUCUAGUGAUUACUGUAAUCUUAAGUACGAUAGCUUCCAAGAAAAAAAAAUUCUUUCAAUCUUGAGCUCAUUUCUUCUGAAAGAGAGCACUCGGAGGAUUUUUAAGACCUACAGUAACCUCAUUUUUGUAGGCUUACGGUGGAGCUUACGAUGUGAUGGCGUCAAAACAUUUACGGGGCGAUAUCAACUAUGCUUGGCCGAGCGCCGAAAUCGCCGUCAUGGGGGCUAAAGUUUGGGAAAAAAAUAUAAAAUUGAAAUUUGCGCUUUUUAAGGGUGCCGUGUCGAUUCUGUUCCGAAACAAGGGCGAAGAUGCGGCGAAAAGAGAAGAAGAGUAUACGGAACUGUUCAGCAACCCGUUCCCGGCUGCGGUUCGGGGUAGGGAAGGGAAAAUUGGUGGAAAAAUGUUUUCUAGAACUUACUAAAUGACUUAAAAUGUCGUGGUUUUUCUGUACCCCUGACUUUAAUUUUACCUAGGUAUGGCUGUCACUGCGCGAAAGUCGCUUUAGGUCAGGCGCAAUUUUCAAGCCAAUCUCCAAUUCCUGAGGGCUCAUGAAAGGUCCAUCAAAGUCUCUAAAAGAGGGAUAAAUUGAAAAAAAAAACCAAAAGUGAAGUUAUGUCAACAAAAAUGAACUGAUAUAAUGAUAUCCAGGAGAUUUGGUACUGUUAAAGAAAUUUCCCUAUUUUUCGACUUUCUCACCACAAAAAUAACUGAAUUGUUGCAUAUUUAGUUAAAUAAACGAUUAGGAUGGUUCUGUGAUUUCUAGUGACCACUUUAGUAGCGUCAGACCUCUUAAGUGACCCCUAGAAGUGCUCAGAAAAGUCCGAGCGCGUCCAGUUUUCAUUAUCGAGUUCCGAAAAUUUCGAAGCUUUUUUUAAAGAGCAAAAAAAGUAUCUUAAAAGUAAGUAUAUGUCGAAUUUCAGGAUUCGUCGAUGACAUAAUCGAGCCAUCAAGUACAAGGCGACGAAUUUGCGAGGACUUCAAAAUGUUGGAAAAUAAGAAGCUUGAUAACCCGUGGAAGAAGCAUGGAAAUAUCCCGUUGUAG